AUGACAAGAAACAAAAAAGUGGUGGAUAGAGAAGAUGGACGUGCAGAAGAGAAAGAGAUCACCGAAAGGCCAAAAUGGGACAAUAAAGUUCAAUAUUUGCUGAGCUGCAUAGGUUUUGCUGUGGGACUUGGCAAUGUGUGGAGAUUUCCAUAUUUGUGUCAAACGUAUGGUGGAGGGGCAUUUCUUAUUCCUUACGUCAUCGCCUUCGUGUUUGAGGGCCUUCCUCUGUUGCACAUGGAGCUGGCCAUCGGACAACGGCUCCGCAUGGGAAGUGUUGGAGUGUGGAACUCAAUCUCCCCAUAUCUGGGAGGUUUAGGUGUGGCUUCCUUGGUAGUUUCCUUCCUAGUUGGUCUGUUCUACAACAUGAUCUUGGCUUGGAUCCUCUGGUACUUCUUCCACUCUUUUCAAAGUCCUCUUCCCUGGAAGAGCUGUCCAGUAAACUUGAAUCAUACUGGGUAUGUGACUGAAUGUGAAAAGAGCUCACCAGUGAACUACUUUUGGUAUCGUGAAACACUCAACAUAACACCAGAUAUCGAAACCAGUGGGUCUUUACAGUGGGGGCUCGUGUUGUGUCUUGCAUCUGCUUGGUGCCUCGUGUACAUCUGCUUCAUACGUGGAAUCGAGACUAUUGGGAAGGCUAUUUAUGUCACAGCCACGUUUCCAUAUCUUGUUCUGACCAUCUUCCUGAUAAGAGCCAUGACUCUGUCUGGAGCAAGUGAUGGCUUAAUAUAUCUCUUCACUCCAAAUUGGGAAACCCUCAAGAAUCCAAGGGUGUGGUUGGAUGCUGCCACUCAGAUAUUUUUCUCUUUGUCUUUGGCCUUUGGGGGACUUAUUGCUUUUUCCAGUUAUAACCCCCAGAAGAAUAAUUGCGAGAGGGAUGCCCUGAUUGUUGGCUGUGUAAACAGCUUUACAUCGAUAUAUGCGGCAAUUCCUAUUUUUGCCAUUCUUGGAUUUAAAGCCAAUGAAAACUAUAAUGACUGCAGAUAUUGGAACAUUCUACAUUUGACAAAUGCCUUUAACAUUGGGGAUGAAAACAUAACUCUUGAAAACUACGAUGACUGGUUUAACUAUCUCAACACAACUGAUCCCUCAGAGGUUGAAAGCCUCAGUCUAAAAACCUGCAAUCUUCAGACUUUCCUUGACCAGAGUGCGUCUGGGACUGGACUGGCCUUCAUUGUGUUCACUGAGGUGGUGAUAAAGAUGCCAGGCUCUCAGGUGUGGGCGGUGCUGUUCUUUGUAAUGCUCUUCAGCCUGGGCCUGUCCUCUAUGUUUGGAAAUCUAGAGGGAGUCCUCACUCCUCUGCUGGACCUGCACAUGGUUCCACCCUGGAUUCCUAAGGAGGUUUUCACAGGUUUAAUUUGUCUUACCUCCUUUACUGUGGCUCUAAUCUUUACUUUGGAAUCUGGAAACUACUGGCUGGAGAUUUUCAACAGUUACGUGGGAUCCAUGCCUCUGCUCGUCAUAGCUUUCUUUGAGAUCAUCAGUGUGGUAUAUGUCUACGGAAUAAAUAGGUUUAAUGACGACAUUGAAUGGAUGACAGGUCACAGGCCGAACCUUUACUGGCAGGCUACCUGGCGCUUCAUCAGCCCUUUAAUGUUACUGCUGGUUUUCAUUGCAUAUGUUGUGGUUGAGGCUGAAAAGCAACCAACAUAUAAAGCCUGGAACCCAGAUUAUGUAAACUUCCCCCUCGCUGAUGUUCUGCACUAUCCUGAAUGGGUGUUUGUUAUUAGUGUGCUCUUAUCCGUCCUUCCUGUUGUAUCCAUUCCUCUCGUGGCUCUCUACAGAUUCAGUGGCUUCCUGAAGAAUUACAUCAUGAACAGGAACAAUCAAAACCCAUAUGAAAAUUAA